AAACUAUUGAGUAUAAAUAAGCACACUAUUUGCUUGGUAAGGCAUCAUACAACAAACAACCAUGUUCAAGUUUGUAGUCCUCGCCGCUCUCGUAGCAUCUGCUGUUGCCAUUCCGGCAAACAGCAGGAUUUCGCAUACCAACGAAGCCAACAUCACUGACCACAAUUACCUGGUCUCUAUUCAGCACUUGGGUGCUCAUGAAUGUGGUGGUACCAUCAUCGGUGACAGGUGGAUCGUGACCGCUGCUCACUGCACCGAACGUUUGGAUCAUGUCCAAAUUUCCGUCCACGCUGGAGUAACCAAUUUCAAUGAAGUCGGCCAGAAAGGCGAGGUCGCCUAUGUCUAUCAACACCCUGAUUACAAUAACAAAACCAUGGAAAAUGACAUUUCCGUUCUGGAAUUGUUUGACCCUCUUACCUUCGACCUCACCGUCGGUGCCGCAUUAUUACCAACAGCUGGUAGUACGCCAGUUGUUGGUAGUGUUGCCACCAUCAGUGGUUGGGGUGCAACUCAAGAAGGUGGCUGGACAAGCGAACAUCUCCGAGACCUCGAAGUCAAAAUCCUCGAUGAUGCAACUUGCAAGGAGGAUCAUUCUGGCGUUACCGCAAACUCUUUCUGUGCUAAUGCGCACAGGGGUGGCCCAUGCCAUGGUGACUUUGGUGGCCCACUCGUUGACGAUAGUAAGGUGCUGGUCGGUGUCAUGUCCUGGAGCCGUGGCUGCGAGCAUCCAGAGUACGAUGCUGUUUACACCAACGUUGGCUCUUUUGUUGUCUUUAUCAAUGAUAAGAUUGCCUCUUCUGGGCCCCGUUAAAUGAUUGACUAAACUGUUUUAAAUUCCAAUGAAUAAAAUUUAAAAAGAUAA